AUGAAAACUCUUUCUAAUUUAGGCAAAUUGCAGAGGAUUGACGUAAAUAAAGAUGGAAGGAUCACAACUCACGAGAUGGAGAACUGGAUCGAGAGUAAUAUGAAACGGUAUUCAUUAAAGAAUACGAACGAUCGUUUAAAGGAAUGGGACAUGAACAAAGACGAUCAUAUCUCAUGGAAUGAAUAUGUGGCAAGAUAUUCCGUUGCAAACAGUCCAAAAAAGAAAAAUAUACUGGACUCAGAAAAACGACGUUUUGAUAAAGCAGACAUGAAUGGUGAUGGUAAGUUAAGCAGGGAAGAACUGAUAUUUUUCUUGCAUCUCGAAGAAAGUUCUUACAUGACAGAUGUUGUUGCCGAGGAAAACUUAGAGGCUCUGGAUACAAACAAUGAUGGAUUGCUAUCUCUCAAAGAAUUUUCAGGUGGUAGUGCUGGAAGACUUAGUGAUUUAGAUCUCUAUGCUACUGCGGGCGAGUUUGCUCCUCUUGAUAAAAAUAAAGAUGGAAAAUUGAGCAAGGACGAGUUAGCUCCUUGGGUUCUCCCUAAUGACGCAUAUACGGUCAGUAAUGAAGCAAUGCAUCUUUUGAGCCAAGCUGAUUUAAACAGGGAUCAUGUGUUGACCUACGAUGAAGUUGUGAACAGAUAUGAGGCAUUCGUCGGAAGUAAAGCGACGCACUUUGGAAAACUUCUCAAACCAAAUCCAGAUUUGUAAUAUUGCCAAUAUCAUGUAAAUAAUUAAUUCCUGGGAAAAUGUGUUUGCGUGUAAAUAUGCACACGAAUACCAUUCAAACAAUAGUAAAAACAAAAAACGCUGUAAUAACUAUGCGUUUGAUGAAUAAAACAAUGAAAGUGACUAA